AUGGCAUCAAAGUUGUCACUCUUCAUUCUCUGUGUUGUGGCCAUCUGGGCCGUUGAUGUGGCUCAUGGUGGUGCUUCAGGUUCACCAAAUCAUGCUCCAGCACCAUCCGUGGAUUGUACAAGCCUGGUCAUGGGCAACAUGAUGGAUUGCUUGUCCUUUGUUAGCAACGACAGCACGGCAACCAAACCAGAAGGAACAUGCUGCCCUGGCUUAAAGACUCUGCUUGAAACUUCUGCAGAGUGCCUCUGUAAGGCUUUCAAGGCUAGCUCUAGCUUUGGUGUGACCUUGAAUGUCACUAAGGCUUUGACUCUUCCUGCUGCUUGCAAACUCUCUGAUCCUUCUCUCGCUAACUGUGAAUUGUCCGAAACACCCGCUGGUUCUUCUGCUGGAAGCCUCUCUCCACCAUCUUCUCCUGCAUCUCCAGCACCGCCGGGGAACGCAGCAUCAGCAUUGUCCCCCAAGAUAUCUCCACUACCGAAAGCAUCUCCCAAGAACGCAGCAUCAGCAUUGUCCCCCAUUUCAGCUGGAUCCCUUUUUGUUUGCCUUUUGGUAGCUUUAUUCUCGGGCUUUUGA